CAGGGGCUGGUGUAGGAAAGCACAGGCUGAGCGGUUCACCACUGUUUUCCUUCCUCCAGGGAGGGACUGGAGCGAGGAAACAUUUUAUAUAUAUAUAUAAUCCUAUCACAUAUUUUGUAAAAUAUUUAGUUUAGAGGCUAAACAAAAGACAGCUGGCUCCUUGUGACUGACCAUGACCUGCCUAUUCAAGACGUUUUCGACACCGUUGGGUUCAUUUUUCUGAAUAAGAUAUUCGUGUAAAACGGUGAAAUAGGAAUAGAAAUAUUUCGAGUACUGUACAUUACUAAUACUAACCGCAAACGGAGCUAAACACCGCUCGGUAAAGAAGAGUCGUGUUUGUCUUUUAUUUAUGUUUAUACAAAUAUAUUCGCUACUGAAAUGGAGGACGGCUUGGCGUCAGAAGACGAUAUCUUGCUGCACUCAGAAAAGGUGUUUCACAAUGCUGCAAAACGGAAUGACACAGGAAAGAUGCUGGAGCUUAUUAGGAAUGGGGUAGACAUCAAAGCUAAAAAUAAAGUAGACAGGAAGGCACUGCACUGGGCUGCAGGUGCAGGUAGUGAAGAUGCAUUGCGUCUGCUGCUGGAGCAUGACACAGAGCUGGAUGAUGAAGACAGUUUUGGCAUGAGUGCACUGCUUUUGGCUGCAUGGUUUGGUCACCUUAAAAUAUUGAAGAUCCUUGUCUCAUCUGGUGCAAAACUCAACUGUGAAAACAAAAAUGGGCUGAAUCUUCUGCACUGUGCUGCACAACGAGGUCAUAUUCAUAUUCUCGAGUACAUCAUGGAGGAUCUGGAGGAUGUAAGACUUGACAGAGCUGACAAGUCAGGUAAGACAGCAUUUCAUCUGGCAACAGAACAUGGACAGUUGGAAGUGACGGAGUAUCUUAUUGGCAUGGGCUGUGCUCACGACCUCAAGGACAAGGAGGACAACACUGCACUCCAUCUGGCAGCGAAACACGGCCAUGCUGAAGUUAUUCAGAAGAUUCUGGAAACAGGGGAAAACAUCAACAACAGGAAUAUUGACGGUCUGACCGCUUUACACUUGUCUGUGGAUGGAGGACAUUAUGACUGUGUCAGGCUGCUGCUUGAGGCUCACUGCAAUGUCAAUGAACUCACAAAUAGGAAUAUGACUUCUCUUCACUUCGCAGCCCAGCAUGGAUUUGAAAGAGAGGCCAAGCUUCUUGUGGAGUCUGGAGUUAGUGUGGACUCGGUGAACACUAAUCAUUCCACCGCACUGCACUUAGCAGUGUUCAACAACUACACAGAGAUUGUUAAAAUACUCAUUGAUGCAGAAUGUGACCUAGAUGUUUUUGAUGAGCGGCUUCAAACAGCCCUGCACAUAGCAGCAGAACACGGACGCCAAAACAUAGCUGAACUGAUCCUCGUUGCUGGGGUUAACCUUAAACUUCUCGACAAGCAGGGAAAGACAUCACUGGACAUUGCAGCCAGAAGCAAUCAUGUGAACGUGGUCGACAUGAUUAUCAAAGCGGAUAGAUUUUACAAAUGGGAACAGGACAAUGUGAACUGCACAGAGUCGUUAGUGGGAAGGAAUGUGACAUUCAAACAAGACCAUCAGCAGGAGACAGAGCACAUUCGCUCCAUCUUGUGGAAAUUAGCCACGAAAUACCUGAAAGCUGGCGAGUGGAAGACACUGGCGCAGCAUUGGCACUUCACAGACACACACAUCCGAGCCAUAGAACAUGAGUGGACAGGUACUAAAAGCUAUAAGGACCAUGGGCAUCGCAUGCUGCUGAUCUGGCUGCAUGGUGUGUUGAUUGCUGGAGAAAACCCAAUUAAAAGCUUGUAUGAAGGGCUCAUGGGAAUCUCAAGGAAGGAUCUGGCAGAGAGUAUGCGGCAGCAGGCCAAUGCAGACCCCGCUACUCCAAAGAAGUGUGCAACAAUGUGAAACUGAGGAAAUUAAGUUUACAGCAAUAGAUAAAGGAUGAAACCCAGGUUUUUCAGAAGAUUCUUUCCUCAACACGCUGAUAUAAUCAGUUUUGAAGGGCUACUAUGUUACUACCUGUCGAUCCGUAUGCCAGUGAAAAGCAGAUAAUUGAACUUUUAAAUUUUAUGCAAAUAUGCAGAAUUCUGUGAUGUGACAUAUCCAAAUGGUUGUAUAAAUUCCUUAGAUGUAGGUCUGCCCUGCUUAUAUUAAAUUAUAUAGUGUAAAAUAUACAGAUAUAGCUGAGCAAUAGCUAGGAGUUUUUCCACUUUCAGACAAUUCAAACCAGCAAACGUACCAUUCAGAAAACGUCAGACAGCACAACAAUAGCUGCAUAGUAAAGUAUUAAAGAUAAGAUAUAAAGACAUAUGAUAUGAUUUCUAAGAUAGAAAAUGAACCAGCAUCAGCAACUUGUCACCUUUAUUUUGUUGUAAUUCCAGGGUUAAGAGGCUACAGCUACAAGCACUGUGUUAAUUUACACUGUGUUCCAAAAAAAAAAAAAAUUAUUAUAAUCGAAUCCGUUUUUAAUGCAUUGCAUUGCCGGUAUACUGUCAUUCAAACAUUAUCAUUUAAUUCGCGACUCUAACUGCACUGAUUCUCCUGCGCAAGGUUUGGCUAGGUUUGACUCGACAACCGAGGAGAAAGAUUUUGGAAAAUAGGGGAUAAAUGUCCAACCAGGGAGACUCGUUUGUCAGUGUUUGCCAUCUUAUGUUGCAAAAAUCACUUUAUUCUCUAUCCCUAAAUCCGCUGUUUUUUUUUUUUGUAAAUACAUGAACUGUUUCACUUGCAUGGCUUUAACCAAAUAUCUAUAUCACAUGCUGUAGCAUGAAAAGACUUGCCUUUAACUGUGACUUCAAAUAUGUUUUUAAAAAAAACUGUUGAUGUAUAUACAUGUAUACUUUGAAUGAAAAGGUUUCAUUGCUUAAAUGUGUUUAAUUAGCAUUUUAAGGCUACAAUAAGGAUAUUUUGGGAAGAUUUACCUUUAUCUCAUACAUUAUAAAUUUAAUCACAAGCAGAUUGAAUUCUAGAAUUAUUAUUUCUUUAAGAAUCUUUCAAAACAAUAUUUUCUAAUAAUGUUUAAUACUCAGGUAACGUUUUAGCUCAUAAAAUGUCCUGUUUACAGCUUUAAAAUGUAAUUAAGUAAUAAGAAAUAUUAUUAUUAUCAGUACUGGAUAAAUAAAGUAAAUAAUUGUCAAGUCCUAAUGGAUGUCUAAUAAAUUACUUACAUACAAUUCAUUCAGAUGGUAGAUGAUGCAGCAAUGCAUACGGUAAUGUGUUAAUUUUUUUUUUUUGGCUUUUAAACGAUUAUAGCUGAAGGGAACCAAGUUGGAGACUGUGUUCCAAGAUGAACCUGAAUAAACUUGUGCUCCUCUCAUGACUAUCAGACAUCCUGGGAAAAAAAAAACUUUGCCAUUUAUUGUAAGAGCACUUGGUACACAGCACUGAAAUCAGUGAACCUGAGCAAGAUCCUCAGAAUUGAACUCCUCUUACAGGAGUCUGGGAGAAGAUUCAGUUUAGAGGCUACAAGCAUGAAUAUGGUCACAAGGGGAGAUUUUUUUAAUGUGUGCAAUAAAAAUACUGAAUCUGAA